AUGGUCCUCAGUCCCAUGGGAAAGACUGGGCAUAUUAAGUUCAGAAACGGUCCUGUCCCGAAAGUUGUGGCUUACGUCGGCUGGAGGUGGGUGAGGAAGAACUGGUUUGAUGCUCACGUGAAAGACAUACAAAGUGGCUUCUGUCCCAGACCCUGCACUAUUACGGCCAACAUCACAGAGUUAAGAUCCGCUGACGCAGUGCUGAUCCACCUCCGAAGCGUGAAGAGUCUCGAGGCCCUGAUGGCGGACCUGGGGCCCCGGGAUCCCUCGCAGCCGUGGGUCCUGUUCGAGACGGAGACGCACCUCCUGGGCAACAGCGUCCACCGCGCCAGCUACAGGGCGCUCGGCGGCGUCUUCAACCGCACCAUGAACUACCGCCUCGACGCAGACGUUCGCUUCGUCCACGGCUUCGUUGUGCGUCGCGGCAGGGACGCCAGCCUCCUGCCGCCGCACUGGGUCCGGCAAACUGAUCUGGGAAGGAAGAACGACACACGGCAGCUGGUCGUGGCGUUCAUCUCCAACUGCUGGGACAACAGUGGCCGCCUGCGCUAUGUCGAAGAGCUACAGGAACACAUGCGGGUCGACGUGUUCGGGGUGUGUGGGAGCCUCCACUGCGGGACGCGGCGUUAUGCCGAGCACGAGUACGACGUAGGGAAGGAUCCGUGCUUGCGCCUCGCAGCCAGGAAGUACCUCUUCUACCUUGCCUUUGAAAACGCUCUUUGCACGGACUACGUAACGGAGAAAAUCUACAACCUGUUGUACUACCCGCUGGUGCCCGUGGUGCGCGGAGCGGCCGAGUAUGCUGCCCUCCUGCCCCCGCAUUCCUUCGUAGACGCUGGUCGAUACACGCCGAGGUCACUGGCCAGGAAGCUGCAGCACCUGGCCAAUCAUCAGGAGGAGUAUGAGAAGUACCUAGCCUGGAGGAAAUAUUACCAGCCAUCCACUGUGGGCGGCUCUCGCGUGCUCUGCGACCUGUGCACGCGCCUCUACGACCAAGAAUUCUAUCAGGAGAAAGUAAUUGAGGAUUUUUACGACUGGUUUGUGACGCGGUCGAACUGCAAUAGGUCCGGCACUGUUCGGAAGCGUUUCAAGGUCUGACGAAGCGUUUCAAGGUCUGACGAAGCGUUUCAAGGUCUGACGAAGCUUUUCAAGGUCUGACGAGGCAACAUGCACGGCAUUAAGUAGGUCAAAUACCCUGCCGUAAUGACACUAAGGCGGGAUAAAAAGACAGAAAGUUAAUUGGGAAUAUAGCAUAUUAAAAAAAGUGUAAUGUGUACAGUUGUUUUAUAUGACUAU